AUGGACUCAAGCGACGCAAACGCUCCCGCUUCGGACACGCCGGCAUGGACUGUUGAUACGGCCUUGGACAAAUUUCCGACCGGACGGCCAGCUGAGCAUUCAGAGUCCCCCUUGCCGUAUUUUCAUCUCCUCGAACGACUGAAGACGACGAAGCGAGCAGGAUGGACCAGAUUCCCGAUCGAUAGAGUCGAGUCUGUCGCCGAUCACAGCUACCGCAUGGCGAUGAUGGCCAUGUUUCCACCCGUAUCGCUCUCUUCGAAGCUCGACAUCUCAAAAUGUAUCCGCAUGGCAUUGAUUCAUGACAUUGCCGAGUCGGUCGUGGGUGAUAUCACGCCUGGCGACGGGGUACCAAAGUCCGAGAAGUCGCGGCGAGAAAUAGCCACAGUCGAGCAUAUCGAGCGCAAAAUCCUUGGUAGUGUGCAUCGCGAUCCGUCGUGGCUGGGUCUUUUGUCGCUCUGGAAUGAGUUCGAAGAGGGUGUCUCGCUCGAAAGUCAAUUUGUGCAAGAUCUCGACAAGAUUGAAAUGCUGCAUCAGAUGGUCGAGUAUGAGAAGUCGACCCAUGGCAGAGCAGAUCUCAUGGAAUUUCGAUAUGUGGUGACCAAAAUCAGAUUGCCGGAAAUGAAACAGUGGGCAGACGCAGUUGUGCAAGAGAGCAGAGAGUUUCGACAGCAGAGUGGCUUGCCAGAAGAUCCCGUUGAUAAUCAAGCGUGGAAAGAUAAGCAGAACCAGUAUUAUGGUGGCCCUGGAGCACCUAAACCGAACAAUUGA